AUGUAAAAAAUAAUAAUUUUCACUAUAAUCAUAACUAUUGGAUAUACAUAACGAUUGAGUUACAAUGAUCAAAAUUGCGAUAAGUAUCUAAAAAAAUUUGGUACUGCCAAUAACAUAGAUGGGUCAGGUGCAACUAAACUCGCCUUUACAGGAGAUAUUUCCUUUGUGAACGGUGCAGACGUGAAGGUAAAUUUGAGAUAUUCUGAUGUUGAUUUGUUUAAUGAUCCAACAUACUUUGGUUUGGUGAAAGAAGAUGGAAAACCAGAAGCAACCACUUGUCUUGAUCUUAAAUUAUGGAAAUUCACUUCAAAUACUUAUUCGGAUCCAGUACAAGUUACUGAUUUACCAAUAACUUCAACAAAUAACUUCUAGAAAUAAUGGAGAUAUUAUUCAUUCACAAUUCCUGGAGGACAAUUAUCAACAAGAUUAGUAGAGACAUCAAAUACUAAUUAAUUUAUAUAUAAAGGAUAUUUUGCAGUUUCUUAUUACCCUGCUGGAACAGAUUAAGUAUAAUAUACUUUUUUCUUUGAAUUCGCUGUUACAAUUGAAAAAGGAACAGGUGCUGCCAUUGAAACAGCAUUCAAACCAUUGACUCAAACAUCAACAGCAGGAUGUACACCAGGCGGAGUUUGUACUGCUAAAGCAGAUACUACAUUAAAAUGGUGUACCGAUUUAACAUGUGCAGCUUUUGAAACUCCAGACCUCCAUUUAAAUGAUCAAUUUGUCUUAUUAUAAACUGUCACAACAACUGGUAUGAAUGGUUAUUAUCUAACUGGAACUGAAGUUUGGUAUACUGGUAAUGGUUUGAAUAAGAAAGCUACACCAAUUAGUAUUAAUAAUACUGUCAAAGGAUAAGUUAUAAUUUAAUUAAGAGCUGAAAUCGCCUGGAGAGCAGUAACAAUACGAGUCACUUCCGUUUUAUCGACCAACUCAUCAGGAUCAAGAAGAUUGUUGAUUUAAACUACUUAUGAUUCAGUCUCAGGAUAAACUGAUUAAAUUGAAUGUAUCAAAGCUGAAGGAAAACAAAUAUGUGCCACAUGUGAAGAAGAAUGUAAGAUCAAUGGUUAUGCUAAUGAAACGUGUGAUGAAUGCUCAAAAGAAGAAUCACCAUCAUCAUCAUCAUCAAACAUCAUCAUAUUUGCUUUCAUGGUAAUAUUUAUGCUUUUGUGAUUGAAAAAUAUUCAUUAAAAAUAAGAAAUAUAUUAAAAUAAGUUUAAAA